GAAACAAGAAAGGAUGCGGUCGGUAAAUGCGCACGUUCCAACCUUCCUGACGCAGACGCGGAUGCUCAUCGCUCAUUCCAAAUCUAAUCUGUUCUCUCUUCCCUUCCAAAGUUUAUCAAGGUAGGAGAACAGACUGGGUGAUUCGUAGCCAAGGGACAUGCACAGAGGAAAGUCAGAGCUCCAAAUGCAGAGGACCUCUGCGCUUUUUGGGAUGGUCAGUCACCAUCAAGCCCCAGCGUUCACGGACUUCGCAGGGCUGACCAUCUCCAUGUUCAACAGUAAAUCAGACAUCGCGUCCAAGCGCCUCGGGAACGACGACUGUGGUGGCCAGCCAUGCCGUAGCCCUGAUCAUAACCCAGAUCAUGUACACGGUCCCAGCCCCAUGCGAGUAGCUGUCCCGGCAGAGCGCUUUGGAGCUCAGGAGAAACCGCUGGCGCAUCAAUCGGCUAAAGGACAAACGGCAUACUUUCCCCUGACCACUGCACAAGUGAAUGGAGGGUGCGGCACGUUCUGCCCAGAAAAGGGGAAUGGCCUCGAGCUGCCGGGCGAUGGGGGCAGCCUGGUGCGGUGUGGGCAGCAGACUGGGCAGUACCAGCACAGCGCCCACUGCAACCCGCCGACACAGAACCUCCUCGCGCAGGAAGGUCAGCACCCAGCGGACGCCAGGUCGGCCGGCUUUCAGCGGAACCUCGCCUCGCCCUCCUCUCUGGACUCCCCCGGCGGAGUAGGAGGCUUGAACGGGGCCAGGGGGCCUCUCCCUCUCGCUUACCCCGUCAAAGAGGAGGCGUCGCUGGGAUACAAGAUCGUCUCGGGCAUGGGGCUCUCGCCCUCUCCGCAGUCCCCUUUCGGCAGCGGCGGGAGAGCAGGGGUGGGGGUGGGUGGCGGACGGGGGCCCCCUUGCUCGGCUGGAGGUGGUGGCGGCGGCGAGAUGGAGCCUCUGCACGGGACACACACAUCGGCGGGGGCUGUGAGCGUGUCGGUGGCUACUGCAGCGGCGGCAGCGUCAGCAGCAGCCACGGCGACGGCGGCGUACCCGUUUAAUAAUGAAGAUGGCUCCGCCCCGCUGGCUUUGUCCCUGGGCGGCGCGCGUCCGUCAGCGCGACUCCACCACGCCAGCAGCCUGAAGAGACGCUGCCUGUCGGUGGCCUCCCAGUCCGCCACAGCCGCCGCUAACGCCGCUACCACCGAGGGGAUCGAUAUCACCGCCAUCAUCUGCUCCUCGCAGAUGUCCGUGGUGGCCUGCGUCAACGGCCUGCGCACCGCCGCCAACCCCUCGCCCCCCUGCUCCUCCACGUCCUCCUCCUCCACCUCCUCCUCCGUUGUGACGGGCUUCCGCUCGGCCCACCUGCCCCAGUCCCUGCCUCUGGCGUCCAGCCCCCGGCCCCUGCAGGAGACCUGCCAGCUGCCCUCGCCUGCCACCUGCCUGCUGGCUCUCUCCUCCACCGCCUCCUCCUCCUCCUCCUCCACCUCUUCGUCCGUGUCCUCCUCCUCCUCUUCCUCGUCGGUGUCGUCCUCGGUGGAGCCGGAGCCCAUGCAGCAGGGUGGCGGGGGUGGUGGUGGGGUGGAGGCCCUGGGGCUGCUGAUGGGGGUGGGUGCUGGGGCUCUGAUGGGUGGAGGAAGCCUCCAGCAGCAGCCGCAGCAGCAGCACGGUGGAGAGCUGUCGUCCCGCAACCACCAGCAGACCCCCCGGCACUCCCACCCCCACCACCACCACUCCCACGCGGCCCCCCCACACCCAUCUAUGCCCCCUCCCUACCACCUGCACCAGUACGUGGGCGCCAGUCCAGGGGCUCUGCUUCACCUCCAGGGCCAGUCGGCGGUGAGCUCAGCCCUGGGGCCCACACCCAAAGCUCUGGGCCUGGUGGGCCAGCAUGGCGGAGCAGCCUCCGUCUCUGGCGCUACCCCCACCUCCGCCGGCGGGGAGAGGGAGGACGCCGGCUCGGGCUCGGCGUUCGGGGACAAGCAGCUGUGCCGCUGGAUUGACUGCAGCGCCACCUACGAGCAGCAGGAGGAGCUGGUGAGGCACAUCGAGAAGGUGCACAUCGACCAGCGCAAGGGCGAGGACUUCACCUGCUUCUGGGCUGGCUGCAUCCGCCGCUACAAGCCCUUCAACGCCCGCUACAAGCUCCUCAUCCACAUGAGGGUCCACUCGGGAGAGAAGCCUAACAAGUGCAUGUUUGAAGGCUGCAACAAGGCCUUCUCCCGCCUGGAGAAUCUGAAGAUCCACUUGCGCAGUCACACUGGGGAAAAGCCCUACCUGUGCCAGCACCCUGGCUGCCAGAAAGCUUUCAGCAACUCCAGCGACCGCGCCAAGCAUCAGCGCACACACCUGGACACCAAACCGUACGCCUGUCAGAUCCCAGGGUGCACUAAACGCUACACGGACCCCAGCUCCCUGCGCAAGCACGUCAAGAUCCACUCGGCGAAAGAACAACAGGUGCGUAGGAAGCUGAGGCCAUGUCCGCACCUGGACACGGACGCCCUGACUGACUGCCUGUCCGUCCAGCACCUGCAUCAUGGCUCUACCCCCUCACAACAUCUCCUCUGCCCCACUCCCGGCCAGCAGCAGUCCUCUCUCAAUGGCAAAGAUGGCCGCUCCCCCGGCCUGGGACAGGACAUCUUCACAGGCUUGUUCGCUGGCUCCAGCACCCCCCAUCACGGGGCCACGGUGGAGAUGCUGUCCCCCGGCCCCGACCUGCCCCCGCGACAGCCGCGCCUGGACCGUGACAUCGGCGGCAGCCCCCACCAUCUCUCCCCUCUGUCCAGUAUGGAGAGCGCCAGGGAGGGCAUGCCAGGCCCUCUGCUGUCUCCAGGCCUCAGCUCCAUGAAGAGUGCAGCCUCGCCGCCCCCGUCUCUGGAGAAGCCUCAGAACUGCAUAGGCAGCCAGCAGCAUCUCCACACACACCACAAGCCAUAUACCAACUUCCACAACCUGCCCUUCAGUGAAGAUUACAGAGGCAACUUUCAGAGCUGCUUCCAUUUCGGAGACAAUUACAGAAUGGACCAGUCAAUCAGCGGUGUUCACCUGGCAGGGGAUUCUCAUGGCUUCAACUCACACCAGCACAACGGGUUUCACAUGACCGGCUCGGCCAGCUCCUCCGCCGCAGGGUUCAGCCUGGUGCCGGAUAUCCAGGGCUCAGGUUGCCAGUUUUCUCCAGGCCCAGAGGAGAGCGUCUUCUUUCAGGUGGGCAGCUUUGAUCGCGGCCUUGGCCAGAUGUCUUCGGUGUACACAGAGACGUGAAUGUUCAACAACAAAAAGAUCAACAUAAGAAAAAAAAACGAAAGGCUGGACUCACCAUCAACAACACCACCACCACCAGCCAGCCACCUGCUCAAGCAGCAGAAACCUUUCCCCACUCUCCCUUUUCAAAGUUCUCUCUCAGUCUGUGUACAAGGUUUACAUCAAACACCCAAAGACUCAUUUCCUACAAGAGAGGUAUUUCAAUGAACUUGUCUUUUCAUGGUAGCAAAGCAAAGGGACUGCUGAAUGUCAUGGACAGGUCAUGGACUGCAGUUGUCAGUUGGGCAAGCACACUUCAAAUCGCUUACAUUUUAUACCUCUACUGUCUCCACACAGCUCCCAUCAGUCCCAGCUAUCACCAUUAUGUGCUUGAGGAUUGCUGCAUCCAAACCCUAUGGAAUAUCCAUGUUGUAGCAUAAACUCAGAAAUACAUCUCCAGCCACCUGUUUUGUAAUUAUCUACAUGUGAAUCUGGCCCUCCCAUUCAAGCAGUUUUUUUUUCUCCCCCCUUCCUUCCCAUCCUCUAUUGGCUGAAGUGUAGAGAGAAAUAUUUAGUUUUGCAGUGUUUGUCCGUGGAAUCACGCUUGCAAUGUUUUUGUUUUGUUUUUAUAUCAGAGGGAUCAGGGCGAAUGGGUGACUUGCAACUUGCUUUGAACAGGAAAUUUGUUGCAAAACUGUCCUCUAGUUAUGUUCUAAGUUUAACAUUCUUAGCAUCUGAGCAAUCCAUAUCGUCUUUGGCUCUUGCUCAGUUGACUUUGGCAGGGCUCACAGUAUGAAGGGCUCUGGUAUUUCUACCAGUUUUCACUUUCAAAGCGCAAUUGUAGCAUCUCAUUGAGCAUCACUGGGGGUAUUCAAAUGUUUUUUUUUUUUUACUUUUUCAGACUUAAAGUGAAGAGGACAGUGUUGUGCAUCUCUCGAUCAACUCUAUCACCAGCUGUAUAAAGUGUACAGUUUGUUUUAAAGUGGUUUCUAUUGUAUUUUUCCUCUUUU